AUGGAAGAAAAAGCUUAUUCAAAUACAGAUCCCACGAAUAUCCUGAGUCAUAUAGGCGACCAAAGUCAUGUAGUGAACUCUCUCGCAUCUACGUACCAAAAUGAUGCAAACAUUGAUUCUGGUCGUAAGAAAUAUAUAGACAAGAUUUCUUCGGAUAAUUCUGUAGGAGCAGCGGGUUCUGAUAAUGUCUACAGCAACUUAGCAAAUGACGACCGGAACGACGUAAACUCUAAGUUCGAUCCAAUUAUUUAUACCGACAACUUUAAGGCUCAUUUGAAGGGGGUAGAAAGUCCUAAUCUCGUUGAAGGCGCAAAUGAUCCUAUGGACCUUUGUAAUAAAAUUCCCAAUUUUUAUCGUCUGCUUGAUUUUUACGUAGACACGGGGUCGACUGGAUUAGCUGUUGAAAAGAUUAUUGUUUCGCAAGAAUUCUUGAAGAAGCUUUGUAAUGAUAUGGUUCCGGGUAGUUUUGAAUCAAUCUCCAAGGUUAAUUACGCUUCUUUGAACACAAAGUCACUUGGAUUUAUAGGAAUCUAUGGAAGAUGCGAAGUUAUCGCAAAAUAUUUAUUGCAAAAGAAUGUAAUAGAUAAAGAAAUUUAUAAUCUUCUCGUAAAACCUCAAAUAAGUGACAACAAUACAGAGAUAAUCGAACCUCACCUUAAACCUGGAAUUUAUCUUCUGAUUGAAAAAGAACAUGGUUUUAUCAUCCAUUGGCCCGAAAAAAAUUGCUAUGAUAAUAACACCUCAUCUAAAGCAAAGAGUAAUCUUGUGACUCUUCAUCGAUACCUCACAAAACUAACGGACGCUGCAUUUUGUUUAAUGGAUGCACAAGAUCUGAUGAUUUUCGAUUUUGAUUUUUUUAACGAGUGUAAGGGAUUCAAACUUAAUAUUAAGGAUAAAAAUUCUGGAGAUAAGUUGACUCUGGAUUUAUACCCUCCUCCUGUUAUGCCAAUAGAAUCAUGCCACAAUCAAUCGUUCAUUAUUUGUCGUACGGUUGAACCCUUUGAAUCAACUAAAGAAUACAGUGUAAAGGAUAUGAGUGCUGAUCAAGUUCUCAAUGCAUUUAAAGAUACUAAUUUAAGAAUCAGCCCUUCUAUUAGCUUUAAAAAUUUAAUGAAUUUAGCACAGGUUUUGUCUGUAGGAAGCGAAUUGGUUAAAUCAUAUAAUAGCAAAAUAAACGCGACUCGUAAAGAUAGAGAAGAAGAAAAGCAAAAAAAAGAGAAUAUCUUUGCAGCAGAUUCCUUUCUUCUUUCCUCUUUGCUGAGAUAUCGACUAAAAAACAUGUAUAA